AUGGAUGGUUCUAAUGAUGAGCAGAGGCUUGACAACCCAGAAUUGAAUGAGAGGACUGAUAUGACAAAUGUUCAGUUGGUAAAAGGGAUGAAGUUUCCACACUCCAAGGUUUUUAGGAAGGCUUUGAGGGAAUCAAGGAAGGUAGCUGGGGGUUUAAUCACUGGGAAUGAAGAGGCUCAAUAUGGCUUACUUAGAGAUUAUGCAGAAAUGAUAAGGAGGACAGAUGUAGGAAGCAAGGUGAUACUGCAAACAGAGAUAGAAAAUGAGAAUGCAAAACCCAAGUUUAAAAGGAUGUACAAUAGGUACAAUACUCAGAAAGUUGACUUUCUAGGUGGUUGUAUACCCUUUAUUGGGCUGGAUGGAUGCCACUUGAAGGGUAGGUUUGGUGGGCAAUUAUUGUCUGCUACUACUAAGGAUGGAAAUGACAAUAUAUUCCCAGUGGCAAUGACUGUGGUUAAGCAAGAGAACAAGGACAGCUGGAUCUGGUUCUUGGAUCAGUUUGCAGAUGACAUUGGCAGGCCAGAGGAUCUCAAUCUGGGUCUUCUACUUGCAAUGGAGACUCUAUUCCCAACUGUAGAGCACAUGUAUUGUGUGAAGCACAUAUACAACAACUUCAAGGUUAACCGCAAGGACACGGAGUUGAAGAGUGUACUGUGGAGGUGUGUUAGCACAACUUCAAUCAGAGAAUUUGAUAGGGGGAUGGAGCAUCUUAAGAGUUUGGAUGAAGGAGCUUGGAAGUACCUUGCAGAUAUAGAGCCUGCACAGUGA